AUGCCUGCUACCAAAUUUCCCAUUGGCACGCUCGUGACUCCUAAGCGAAAGCAGCUGAAGCCCACUGCUGUGCAAAGGAAGUUAUUGAAACGGAUCAAUGGACUGGAACGGCCCAUUAGCUGGAACUCUCGGCAAAUCAAGUCCUACGCCUACCCACGUAGAGCAAAACUGACAUUUGCAGAACGGUUGAUGUUCUUGUUGACCGAGAAGGGUGAUUGGAGGGAAUACAUCCACUGGCAGAAACUCGAUGAAAAGAACAAAACCAGCUCCACACAUUUCAUUUUGACUUCGAAAUGUGAGAAUGCCAGUCGUGAUAUCCUGUUCCAAAACACUUUUGGUAUUUCAGAUUUUAAACGCUUCCAUUCCAAGGCCAGAAACACGGAUUUACAAAACAAUCUUUGCAUUCUGGAACACAAACUGAUGAAGUCCCUCCGACUGCGUGUCAAAGUGAACAAUAUCCAGCUUGUUCGUGAUUCCCUGAAUGACUAUGGUGUUACUCUCAAAAUGCCGGAUUAUUCUGGGGACACUGAUGAAGAAGAGGACGAUGACAUGCCGGAUGGAAUUACUCGGCCACUCUACAAAGAAAAGGGCGAAGCGAAAUCGAAUGACUCUUCUGCCACUGCCGAUAAUACUGCUUUCAUCCCGACCGACGACAACAAUGCUGGAGUGGCUGUUUAA